UAAACUUAACACUUUGACUUCACACAAAUUAAGGAAAUAAAUUUGACUUUACUGUAGAGUACACUGUUGUGACACUGGUUGGAACUGCUUGACACUGGUUGGCACUGUUUUGCACUGUUUUGAUGUAGAUAAUUUGUCAAAUAAGGAAGGGAAAACAAGUAUGAAGAUUAUUUUGGACUUACCUAAAAUGGAAAGUGUGAAGUUUAUUUAGGAACGAAGGGAGUAUUAAUUUUUAAUCCAUCCGUAUUGUGAAUAAAAUUCAUAAAAUGAGAUACAAAUUUGAUUUUGUUUUAAAUGCAAUUUUUGUAAUUUUAAUGGAAGUGAAAAAUACAAAUGUAGUUUUCAAUGUAAUUUAUUAAUAAAUAGAUAGUACAUACAAUAAUAAAUUUAAUACUACAUCUAACGUUGUGUGAUCGGUCCUGCUCCGUCCCCGCCGCCAGUGUUCCAAGCCCCCAUUCUGUCUCCAUGGUAAAAUGAUGAAUCCAGAAAUAAGGAAACAAAGUUAUCCGUAUGUGUGGAGUAGUGAUAAGAAUCUUAAUUCGACGGUGGUUGAUCAAAUGAGAUACCUUGAUGAGUUGAGAAUUUAGGGGGCGGUUGUGAUUGCUCAUCCCCACCUUCAUUUUCAUCUGCAUCAUCCUCUUGCUCGUUUCCACUUCAUCUCCAUCUUUAUAAUGAGAUAUGCCCCGGUGGAGCAUCUCUUUAUCACCUACACCCAGGGCCAACCAUUGUAGCCAUUCUUUAAUGUCCUCAUAACUCGCCUGGUUGGUGACGAGCUGAUACACAUCGUGAACACCUUGCUUCUGCAUGAAAAUGGAACACGUGUAAAUAAUAUCACAUGAUAUAUGUGAAUGAAUAUGGUAUGCAUAAGGCCCGAAUAAAUUAUACCUACCAAAACUUCUCUCCCCUGGGAAAAAUUGUCCCAGUUCUUUUGCGAUGAUGAAGGUGUCGAUUCUGGGAAUUCUGAGUGUUUAAUCGUGUUUCUCGCUAGUUUUAUUUGAAACUGGAAUGAGAUUUUAAGGUAUAAUUUUGAAAAAAUAGAAGACAAAGUACGAAGGUUACUAUUCAUGAGCUUCAUCGUUUUUCCGAUUCGUUGAACUUCGAACGAUGUUUCUUGGUUUCUAAUCUGAUACUUUGCUGUUAUUAGAAUUGCAUUUUUGUCCUACUGUGAUUUCCGUUCUUGAAUUUUAACCUAGAGGAAAUACGAAGUUCGAAAUCGCUACUGUUCAUUUUCGAUUUUGCUGUUUUGGGCGUCUGCCAUGUCUGCGAAACAAGUACGGGGACUGGGGAAUGCGUCCAGGGCAAGGACUACCAGGUCCACCUUCUCAGUACUUCAGGACUCAGAUGUGGAGUUCCCUGCGCUGCUGUCUGGCAUCCCCGCGAAGAAGACAAAGAAAAGAAUCCCUGCUGCUGUCCGGCAUCCCCGCGAAGAAGACAAAGAAAAGAAUCCCUGCUGCUGAAAUUUCACGUGCUAAAAGGGAAGUCUCACCUACUGUAACUGUAAUAGAGGCUGGAAUGAGUGUCAAUAUGAAUGGGGAAGAAGCUGGGGCUAUCAAAACUACACCUGCUGCGACUGAUUCAGGCCUGAAAAUUGGGCAGAUUGAGCCUCAGCAAAAACAACCUGGGAUCGUGACCCAAGGCAUGGCGGUCCCUCCUAAAGGAGAAAUUUUGGACUUUGGUGGUCAAGUUUUACCCUCUAUGGUUGAAAUGUGGGACCAUUGUCUAGUUGGACACUUCACCGGAAAAUUCUCCGGACUCAAAGUGAUUCAUGACAUGAAAACUAAGUGGGGUGUGAAAUGUCUAGGGAGGUCCCACAAUAGGGGUUGGAUAAUUUUCAAAUUCGAAAGUGAAGAGGAUAGAAUGAAGGUACUACAUGAGGGAUCAUACACCGCUUUUGGGAAACUCCUAAUGCUCGAAAAAUACUCAGAAGAUUUCUCUUUUGAGGAUGAAGAAUUUCUAAAGAUACUAAUUUGGGUUAAGUUUCCUAAAUUACCAAUGAAGUUAUGGAAUGAUGAGGCUAUGAGUGAGGUAGUCUCUAUGGUUGGGGUCCCAAUAACUACGGACAAGAUCACUCAAGAGAGGUUUGCUAGAGUGUUAAUAGAAGUUGAUGUUUCAAAGCCACCACCGCUAUGUUUUCUUAUAUGACUACCUUCCCAAAAGGUAAUCAAACAAAGUUAUUAUAUGAAACUUUUCCUAAUUAUUGUUUUCAUUGUGAGGAAUAUGGGCACAACCCUUUUAUUUGUAAUAAGCUAGUCAAACGGGUUGAUGAAGAAAGGGAGAAAGAACAAAAUUAUGACAAAAUUGAGGAUUUUGGAAUGGUGGAUAGUCGGCCAGUAGCUGCUGCUCAGGGAUACCCGACCGGGUAUUCCCCUGGCCCGACCGGGUCCCCUGAAAAUACUGAAAAAACUACAUUGACUGCUGCCCAGGAGCCUGAGCCUGCUCCCUACCCGCUCGGAUGCACACAUGAUCGGGUUUGCAGGGCAGAAACAUGCCCAGGGGUCUUCUGUGACCAUGCCAGCUGCCCAGGGACGUUCUAACAUGCUAAAGACUCCGAGGUUAUUUUGGAAGAUGUUGAAAGGAUUGUGACGGAUGAAAGUGAUGUGAAGCAAAUUGAUGGUGUCGUCAAAUGUGAGGUAAUAAAAGGUAAGACGCUCAAGUUAGUUGUCAAACCUUUUAAAUUUGUGCAUGCUAGUGUGGUUAGAGUCGAUACCUCUCUCCGACUUACGGAUGAUUUGGAUAGGAAGGGCCUGACAUUCACCUCUCUCCGACAUUCACUUACGAAUACCACUUACGAAGGUUUGCUUUGAUUCAAAGUUCACUACUCCUUUCCGAUUUUUCAAUAUGUUGACUGUGAGGACAAUAGUCUUGAUUUUGUGGUAUCCCAUUUAUUAGGAUAUGCACUUUUCUUGUAACAUUAACUUGUUAUUUCUUUGGAUGUUAAUGUAUAUGUUACAUUUCAUCCAAAAUAAAUAUGGUAUGCAUUCAAAAACUUACGAAAAGACCACCCUCGCGUGUUGUUGGGGUGUAGCCUGUCACGGGCACAUUGUGAGAAGAGUUCUGCACACGUGUCAUCCCAUACCGCUUGUACCAUCGACGGUACCUAUCACUCGCUUCGAGGGACGUAAGUC